AUGGUCGAAGCAGAAAGUGUGACCGGUUUGGUCCAACCUAGUGACCUUCCGCCCAAAAAGACAGACCCAUGGGUAUUUACGCUCCCAAUUUCCAUCAGAGACAUUCUAAUGGAGCAAGCAAUGUGCGACCUAGGGGCUUCCAUCAAUGUUAUGCCCUAUUCUAUGUAUGAAAAGCUGGGGAAAAUAAAGCUUGUCGAAACCGAUAUGGUGAUACAACUGGCAAAUGGGUCCUGCAUUUACCUCGGAGGAAUUCUGGAAAAUGAAAUCGUCAAGGUGAACAAAUUUAUGUACCUCGCCGACUUCUUUGUCAUAAAAAUGACGGAGCCAGGAGCGGAGGAGUCCAUUGGAAUCCUCUUGGGAAGACCUUUCCUAUCCACCGCCAGCACAGUCAUCGAUGUCCGCCAUGGGACGAUAAAUCUGGAGUGUAAUGGAGAACGACUUACAGUCGACAUUAAUGAAACUGCAAGGAAGCCGCAGGAUGGCGAAUGCAUAUUAUCGGUGGAUACUGUCAGACCUCUGGAGCGAAAGUGUCUGGAAAAGGAACUCUUCAUUAAGUCCUCCGAUUUCACUGAUGACGAAAAACUUAAAAAGGAAGCAGCUGACUGGUUCGAAGCAACAAUAACUGGCAACUUGGAUGACCAGGCCAUUGAAAGAGCAAUUAUGGACUUCUGUAAGCCAACAUGA